ACAUUUCAAUAUUUCAUUCAUCACUCGUAUUCCGCGCCAAACAGUAGUCCAUAGAGGAAGAAGAAGAAGAGAUGGUCGUAGCAUGCUUUGUGUUGGAUCUAUGCAGCCUAUCGCCUCCAUUGCUUAGAGACAUAAAGCAGUGCUUGUUGCAGCUUGCUAAUUUGUAUGCUAUUUCAUCGCCUUCGCCGUCCCGGCAUCGAUCCGACUCUCUCAGAGAUAGGAUCGGCUUGUUCUAUGUAUUCAAAAAUCGCAUUUCCUCAACUCAUGAGCUGAAAAUCGCAUAUAGCCCUGGAGGAAAUUUCUGUCUCCGCGAUUUCCAUCAUGCCGUUAAAAACUUGCCUGGAGAUUCUUUUUUGCCUGAAAUCGACGAUUCUGGAGCUCUCCGGUCAGGCGAUGCAAAAUUAUCUAGCGUUUUAAGUGAUCAAGUUCUAUACUCAUGGGGAGAGAAAGAUUUUAUGAGAAAAGUGAUUGUUCUGAGCUCCUGCUGGCAUGAGAAAAUAGACUCUGCCAUGAAAAACACUCUCAUGGAUGCUGCAGAUAAGUGUGUUUCAGUGGAGUUUGUGUUGUUUGAACAAAGCGCAAGUCAUCUCAGCAAUACGCAGGAGAAUAUCAACUGCUUCGCAAGAAGUUUAUCUGAUCUCGAUAAUUGCUCGUUGCAGACUUUUUUGCCAGAUGGCAGAGUAUUUCAUAGUCUGGUGAAACGAUGGCUAUUAGAAUUGAAGGAUGACACAGAGGAACUUUUGCAAGCUCGAUUUAUCUUUAAGAACAACCUUGUUGGCUCUUUGAAUCAAAUAAGCACUAGCUUGUCAAUAUCUGUCAGUCAAAUUAUUGACGGUUUCACUGCUUGUCAGACAUGCAGGUGUCACGGCAUUGUAUUAGAUAACGCAACAAAGAAUAAAGUUGAGUGUCAUUCUUGUCCAAUAACUGGCCAUGAUCUGGGAACCGCUGAUGUGAUUGAAAAUUCUGUGAGAGUUGGGGAUAGAACGAUCUUGUUUAUGCCUUCUUUUCAGAGCACAAUGAAGCUUCAUCAAGUUUCUUCACCCAUUGAAUUCAACAUUAUUGAGAGAACUAAUCUGGAGUCUCUAAGUGAAGGCGUUAUAUUUGGAACCUCAUAUCUUGUAGCUCCAUCAGCUUGCAAUGAGAUGGAAACUUGUUCAGAUGAAGUGUAUCAAUCUGAAUUGAAUUCUCAAAUUUUUCAAGGGAUUUGCCGUUCUUUACAUUCAAUGGAUCAGGGCUUGGUUUGUUCUUCUUAUUGUAAUGUAGAGACCAUGCUGGUGACAGCAUUCCACUGCUAUUAUAUUCUUCAGCCUUCAGACAAUGGACCAAUGCUUCUCAGGCGUCUUGCAGGUUUAGAGGAAGUCUUGCCUAUACCUGACAUCAAUCAAUUCAUCGAUUCUUCAGUGUCUAAGGAUAUUAACAAUUCCAUUCAAGCAUCUUUAUUAAAGAUUGAAUUGAGAGACUACAAUCCACAGCCGCCUCAUACAACAGACCAAAGCUUGACUUCAAGCCAGUUAAUGAAACCCAAUUUCCAGAGGCUAAAAAGGAAAAUUAAAUGAAAAGAAGGCUGCCCUUACUGUAGAACAGGCCACAUAUUUGAGGAUGGUAUUUGUGUGCUUUUUACUGCAGUCUUACAACAGAAAUAUUUUGUUGCAUAAACUAAAUGCAUGAAUCGGCGUACCUGUGAAGAUCUUUUGUGAUGGAGGGUGAAACUGAGAGUAGCUUAUGCUCUAUAAUUUGAAUUCAAAUUUUCAAGUAUUCUAAAUA